GCGCAGAUCAAGUCCGACAAGGGCGGCGGGGACCGCGGCGGCCGCGCAGCCGCUGGGCGCAAGCCGUGCCCCCACUGCAAUGGGUUGCACGGUGGCAAGUGCAUCGGCGACCUCAUCUGCAAGGGGGUCCCUGUCGCCAAGGUGCUCGAGGAACUCCCCGACCGCAUCGACCACGAGACGAAGGUGCGCAUGGCCCAGUCCUCGUACAAGAAGGUGUGCGCCAAGUCCCCCGGCCGCACCCUCCCGCACGACCCCUUCAAGAAGUCGGACUCCACCGCGACCGACCACGAGGAGGUGCGGGCGGCGCUGGCCGACUCUGUCACCCGCACGUUCGACCCGGACGGCAUCGUCGGCGGCUUUGUCGCUGGCGUCGGCACCGACCAGGUCGAGGACACCUUCCCCGACUCCAACCCCACCGACACGCCCGCCAUCCUCAAGGCCAAGACGGCGGCGCGCAAUGCGGCGGAGGCACGGGCGCGCGGCGGGCUGUGGGUCAAGUUCACCUCGUUCGUCACCGCGCUGCCUCGCCCGUACAUCGGCGCUUCCAUCCUACUCGUCCUGCUCGCGUGCCUCAUCCCGGUCUACAUGGGCUCGCCUGCCUCGAUCGGCACGCCUGUGGCCGACGCCGUGGACGAGCCCUCGAACAUGGGCGUGAUGGUCGAGUCCGUCACCGCACUACCCCUCGAGCUGUCCACCGGGCCGGCGACUGGCUCAGGUGGCGGAGCAGAGUACGCCAUCGAGGAGGACCCGCUCCAGCCGAUCUACCGCAAGGUCGCGAGUCGACAACCGGCAGUAUGGGCGCUCCUG